ACGAGUGUAGUUACAUUAGGUUUAGUAUCACCAAUAAAUACCAAAAAUAAUGCAACUAAUAAUAAAGCUACAGAUCAUACAAUGACGGAGGCUGUGAAUCUAGAAUUGGUGAAUAUGAAACCAAUGAAUAAUGAUAGUAAAGAAUUAAAAAAUGGUGGUUAUCAACAAGAAAAUGGUACAUCAGCUUUGGAUAAUAUACCAAUGAAAAAAGAAACGGAUAUGGAUGGUAGUGAUCCAUAUGAUGAAUAUUUUGUGCCAGUUAAUGAACAUAAGAAAUAUAUGAGUGUAAAAUUUGCUGGUACCCCAAAUCCAACUGGUAUCAACUGUGAUGGACAUUCGUUAACGCCACCAAUCCAUGGUGUUCUGGAAUAUGGAGAAUGGCUAGAAAGAUCUCGGGGCGAAAAAUUGUACGUAACUAAGGAUAAGCGAACUGGGAAGAAAAGUAAAAACUAUUUUUGUUGGUUAAUUUGCAUUGCAUUAGUUUUAGCGGCAAUUAUUGUAGGAUUAUUAGCAGCUACUGGUGUCAUAUUUACAAAUGAAGCUCAACCCGUUGUAGAUAGUAGCGUUAGUUCACGACAAUUUGGUGGCAAUAUACAGGCAGCAAGUGUUGGAGGUGGAACAGGAGGUGCUAAGUCGAAUGAUAUAGGAUCUGAAGAAAAAACAUCGUCGAAACCUUUGGAAAAGACAUCAUCAAAACCAACACCUGUAACGCCCGGGCUGCCUGUAUCAACUAUUGGUCCGUUACCCACUACAAAUUUAGCAAUGAUACAUGUACCCAGAGCAAUUGAGAGCACGAUUACAAUUGACAAUUUAGAAUUCACACCAAAUUUAGCUGUACAAAAUAGUACUGAAUUCAAUCAGUUAGCAGCAGAUAUUGAAAAAGAAUUGAAAAAUGCUAUUUUUGAUUAUCAAACGUUAAACUUUGGUGCCGCUGAUAUAUCAGUAAAAGUCAUCGAUUUUCGUCCUGGAAGUGUAAUAGCAACAUAUCGUGUUGGAUGGGUAUUCAAAGAUGGUAUUCGCAAUCCACCAGAUCCAAUAAAUACACAAAAAUUAGAGCAACGUUUAGAACAUGUAUUAAAACGUUACAAUAAUUAUUUAAAAACAUAUCACAUACCAACGGAAACGAUAAAAACAACGCAAAUUAUUGAUAUGUGUCAAAUAGAAAAGAAUAAUUGUCAGAGAUCUUGUUCAUUUGACUAUCAAACAUUAGAUUUUAUGUGUACGUGUAAUAUUGAUGAAUACUUGAGUGUUGAUGGUAAAUCAUGUGUUGAAAUUGGUGAACAAGAUCCAAAUGAUCAUGCAAAUCAUGAUCAUAGUCAUGGUGGACACAGCCACGAUGAUCAUAUGCAUCAUAAUCACAACCUUCAUGAUCAUGUACAUGCACAAGCAGAGCCCGAACCAUCAUCAGAACCUGAACCAGCCUCAGAACCCGAACCAGCUUCAGAGCCCGAACCAGCGUCAGAACCUGAGCCAGCAUCGGAGCCUGAACCAGUGUCAGAACCAGAACCAACAACUGAACCUGAACCAUCUGCAGAUCAUGAAUCUGUCUCUGAACCAGAACCAUCUUCAAAACCUGAACCAUCUGCAGAACCAGAACCUUCGUCAGAACCUGAGCCAGCUUCGGAACCAGAACCUUCUUCUGAACCUGAGCCAGCUUCAAAGCCAGAACCAGCUGCAGAACAUGAACCAUCUUCAGAACCUGAACCUACUACAAAACCUGAACCAGCUGCAGAACCCGAACCAUCUUCAGAACCUGAACCUACUACAAAACCUGAACCAGCUGCAGAACCUGAACCUUCAUCUGAGCCUGAACCAUCAUCAAAACCAGAACCAGCAGCUGAACCAGAACCUUCAUCUGAGCCUGAGCCAGCUUCAAAACCAGAGCCUAUUUCAAUAUCUGAACCAUCUUCAGAACCUGAUUCAACUACAGAGAUCGAACCUGCUUCACAACCUGAACCAGCAACGCAUCCCGAACCCGCAUCACAACCAGAACCAGCAUCACAAGCCGAGCCAACUUCUGAACCCGAACCUGCCUCAGAACCAGAGCCAACAUCCGAACCUGAACCUGCAUCGAAAGAUAAUUCAGAACCACCAAAAAAUGAACCAGAUUCAAAACCAGAACCAAAUACAGAUUCAAAACCUGAAACUAACGAUUAUAGAAUAUUAUCCAAUUACGAACAUGUAACAGAACACGAAACCAAACCCGAACCAUCAUCCACCGAAAUGAAACCUGUAUCAGAAUCUGAAGAAAAUACAGAAUCUAUUUUAGAAAAUGAACAUAAUCAUGUUAGUUCAUCGGAAAUAUCUUCAGCAAACGAAUCUUCAACAGACAGUGUCUUAGAAAUGUCCACUAAAUCACAUUCGGCAUUAAUUUCGAAUUCGUCUACUGAACCAUCAGAGCCAUUAGCAGAGCCAGAACCCAUCACUGAACACGAAUCAAACGAUUAUCACAAUGAUGAUUCAAAUAUAGAUUCAAUGUAUGGUACCCAUAAACACAAUAAUUUGACAUACGUUGAAUACACUCCAGAAAAUCAUUCAAAUGAAAAUGAUAUUCACAGUAACGUUUCGUCAGACAAUACACUAGAAACCGAAAGCACAGAAGCAAUUACUCAUGGCGAAGCUCCUAUACCUAUGACCACACCACUUAAUUUCGCUUCGGAAGCGAAUACCGGUAAUGAUACAUAUCAAAUUAUUCGAAUAUCACAUUCAGAGAGUACGGAAAAAACACUUGAAGACAAUCAUGUCACCGACAAUAAUGAAAUUCAUAAACAGCGUGAUCUUAAUUUGGAUGUAAUCUCACCAUCAAAUAAUACAAACACAAAUAAAACAGUUAUCAAUGAUGUUACCAUUACUGAUAUUUUAAACAAAAUUAAUAAUCAAUUGAGAAGUAAUGAAAGUCAUGACGGUAUAAUCACACUAAAUGAACCGACUGAACAUGUAUUGGAUAUGUCUCCAUUCUUGCCUGAUAUUGAAAAUGAUACAAUUAUUAAUGAUUUACAUUCAAUGGAUCAUAACCUCACAAAUCAAGCAGAUAGCGAAGUAUUUACUAAAAAUGAUACAGAUGUCUUACUUACAAAAUCACCACGUCUAGAUGAUGAUGAAGUUAGUAAUAUCAAUCCAGAUGAUGUAUAUUUACAAAAUAAAACUGUAGAAGUUUUAGAAACAAAUAUGACGACUGAUGAGAACAUUGAACCAACGACCCUACAUAAUUUAGAAAUGGAUGAUCAUCGUCCAGUUAAAAUGGUGGACGCUAGUGAAUCAACAACAACAGGCUUACCAAUAUUAUAUAUUGACAAUACAAAGGAACCAACCACAAUUGAAGCUGAAGAUAUUGAAACAGUAACUCAUGUUGUAAAUAUUACCGAUACAUAUGACUAUGAAUCAAUGUCAAAUAAUGAAAAACAUGUGAUAAAUGUUGCCGAUGAAGUUACUUCAACGAAAAAACCAAUUGUUGAAUUUACGUUUGUAAAUGAAUCAAUGUCAAAUAAUGAAAAUAACUCACUUUCUUCAACUAUUGAUGAAGAGCCUUCUUUAAUAACAACUAUUACACCAGAGCAAAAUGAUGAAGUUACAGAAGCUGUAACGACACAAGUAAUCAAUACUAAUGAUAAUCUAACAGAAUUAAGCGAUGCACAAAAUUCAACCGAUAAUGAUAUUAACGAAGAUUACUUACCAGUAUUGCCAAUUAAAAAUCGUAAAAUUAUCCAAGAAAAUGAUGAUCAAACGAAUUUCAAUGAUAUUAAUGAAAAUGACGAUGACGAUUUUAAACAAUUAUCAAAUGAUAAAUCACUUAAUAAACGGCGUGAACAAGAAAAAUUAAAUGCUGCACAUAAGGAAAUAUUGGAAGGAAGUACGACAAUUGUACCGAAAGAGAAUACGGAACGUAUAUUAAAUGAUAUAACUCCUUCUACAUCUACUGAAAAUUUAAUUUCCACAAGUGAUGCUUCAAUUAUAAUGGAAGGUUUUUCAAAAUGUGCUGCCGGACAAUUCCAAUGUGUAAAUGGUACAGCAGUUAAAGAUGGUAGUUAUUGUAUAGCACAAAGUGAUCGAUGCGAUUCCGUACAUGAUUGUUCUGAUGGAUCUGAUGAAAUUAAUUGUAUUGAAUCAAAUUGUCCUGACAAUUUCCAGUGUUCUAAUGGACAAUGUUUAAAACGUCAAUUAGUUUGUAAUGGAAUUGUUGAUUGUACAGAUGGCUCUGAUGAAAUCAAUUGUGAAUCAUGGGAAUGUCGAUUUGAUGAAUUUGAAUGUCCAAUAUACCAAAAUAAUUCAAAACAUUGUGUACCUGUAUUACGUCGAUGUGAUGGCCGUAAUGAUUGUUUAGGUGGAGAAGAUGAACGACUAUGUCAUGCACGCGAUGACACACAAUGUGGAAAUAAUGAAUUCUAUUGUCGUGAACAAUCUACAUGUAUACCUGCAUCAUGGAAAUGUGAUGGACAUGUUGAUUGUUUGGGAGAUGAAGAUGAAAAAUUAUGCGAUUGUUCGAUAGAUCAAUAUAAAUGCAACACAGGUGGUUGUAUAUUAAAAACACAACGAUGUGAUGGCAUUGAUCAAUGUCCAGAUUCAUCGGAUGAAUGGAAUUGUAUAAAAUUAGAAUUCGCCGAAAAUGUAAUGGAAUCAAAUGAUGAUAAUAAUACUGAAAAUACAUUAUCAAUAAAUAACAAUCAAAAAUUAUUAAAAAUAUCUAGUGCUGAUGAUCAAUAUUAUAAUGUAUGUUCUGAAUUAUGGGAAACAAAAUACUCAAGUAAAGUAUGUAUUGAAUUAGGAUAUGCAACAUCCGCUUUCACAAAAUAUGUUCCAUUAAGUGAAGAACAAAACUUGAAUAAUACAUUUAAAUUAAAUGCAGCAGCGAUCAAUGAUGAUAAUAAUAAUAAUCUAUUAUCAAUGUUUGAAUUAUCCGAUGGAUGUCGAAGUGGCUCAGUGGUGUCUAUUACAUGCCAAGAAUUUACUUGCGGUACACAUUCAAUGGCUGAUAGUAUUCCAGUUGAUAGAGAAGCUCGAUUAAUUGGUGGUAAUGGUGCCGUUUUAACACAAUGGCCCAGUGUUGGUUUAUUAUAUAACACGAGACGUCAUACAAAAUGUACAACAAGCAUAAUUAGCCCACGUUGGAUAAUUGGUAGUUAUGGUUGUAUUCGGGAUGCAAUUAGUACAACACAAAACUCUCAUUUGGAUACAAACGAUUGGAAAUUCUAUGCCGGUGGAACAUAUUUUGAUGUAACAAACUCCAAAGAAGAUGUCCAAGUUAUGAGUAUUAAACAAAUAAUUCCACAUCCACAGGCUAAAUAUAAGCAAUUCACAUACGAAAAUGAUAUAACAUUAAUUGAACUUGGUAACGCUUUAACACUGGGAAGUGAUGUAAGCGCAAUUUGUUUAUCCAACUCACAACUAAAUCGACAACUUUGUGUUACCGCUGGAUGGGGAACAUCUAAACCCGGAGAAUCCAGUUUACAACAAUAUCUAAAUUAUUUGCCAGUACCAACAAUAGAUAUUGCUGAAUGUAAUUCAAGUAAACAUUUCAAUGGACAUAUUGGAAACAAUAGUAUUUGCGCUGGUUACACGGAUGCCGAAAAAUCACCAUGUUAUAAUGAUGAAGGUGCUCCAUUAAUGUGCAUUGCCGAAUCAACAGACAUUUGGGAACUUCAAGGUCUGUUAAGUUAUCACAGCAAUUGUGGUCAAAGUCGUCAUCCAUCAAUAUACACAGCCAUAAAUUCAAACAUUCGUACGUGGAUAACAAAUAUUGUAAAAGCGGAACCAACAAUUCAUAAACGUGAUCAUUUUAAUGUAUGAACAAUAAAAGAGGACUGAUUUUUAUUAUUAAUACAAUUUUUAGUUUCGUUUAGAUAACGAAAAAAAUUAAACUGAGAGUGGCGUCAAACAAAUAAAAAAAAAUACAGACCAUCACAUCGAAAUAAAUAUUUAUUUAUUUCCUGCCAAUUAGCUUAUGUUUUUCGCCAUAAUAAAGACUUUUAAAAAAUUGUUAAACUAAAUGAAAAAUAAAAGGAUCACGUGAUAAAGGACCCAAGUGGCAAACGAAUAAAAUAAAAGUGGUCUCGAAACAUUUAAACAUUUUAUCAAAUCGAGUUGAAAUUUUCGUACUCGAAACUAAUAUGUAGUGCGAUAUUUUGCCAUAACGGGGCGAUUUUAUAAUAAUAUGCCUUUUAGAAAAAACCGUCCAUUUUUUGAUCACUUUAAAACUAUAUAUGUAUAUUUAUUAUUUU